AUGGCAAGCCGAGGGGCAGAGGAAGAGGGGACUCAUAUUCAAAGGUGGAGAUGGAGCCCUCAACGUUUUCUGCGGAGAUUAUUCUGCUGCUUUUGUCUGUGUGAUGAGAAGGAGCCUCUGCAUGAGCAGGAAAUGAUUAAUGAGGAUUCAGUGCAUCAGCAUGCAGAUGAAUGUGGAUCAGGUGAGAGGGAGGUUAUCCAGAUUACAGUGGAAGAUCUGGGGAUACAUAACAUCAGUUUCAGCCUUCUGGACGAGGACCCCGUGAAACCGAAGAAUAGUAUUGCACACUCAACCAGCUCUGUGUCUGCCUGUCGAAGGGUUUGGAAAAAAAAGAAAGUCCUGAAGCCUCUGUCUUCACUCCCGCUACAGCCCAAGGUCCAUCUGGCAAGCACUCCUAGUGAUGGAGAGGAUGCUGAAGAAGAAGAAGAAGAAGAAGAGGGUCUCCUGACACCACCUACCAUCAAUCUGAUCCCACCAACUCCCUCUGAUGUUGUUGACGAUGAUCAGUUCUUUGACAACAAUUCAGAUGAGAGUGUGGCACAUACAUCGGGCAGUGAUGGCAGCUGUGUUGCUGGUGAAGAGGGGACUUAUGAGAAAAAGUUGGACAGUAUGGAAGCAAAGGACUCAGCCGGGCAACUCUUUCUAGAAGAGACUAAGGCUGGUUCAGAGGAUGAAAAUGAGUCUAAUGAGGGAAGAAGUGAUGUUCUUGGAGAACCAACAGAAUCAAUGCCAAGUGAAAGGGGGAAAAAAGAGAAAACAAAGCACAGUUUCUCAUGGUCAGCUUUUCAGGUGGCUCCUCUGCAUGAAUACCUCAAGAAAAAUGACCCAAGCAACAGUGAUACGAGCUGCUCUGACAUGCUGAAGGAGGAACUUUGCCUGCUCUCCAACAUGGCAAUGAUGGAUGCAUUUCCUCACAAAAAGAGACCACUAACUCGCUCCUGCAGUUUUGGAGACACAAUAACUGCGAGUUCCCGUUUUCAAACUUUUACGAAAACCACAAAUCAAUGCCAGGAAGGGAAAGGGGUGCUUCGACAGCGGCGCAAAACUGUUGCAUCAUUUAUGCCUCACUCUACGGAUCAGAAUGGAAACUUCCCUGAGAAGGAUGUAGACAUUCAAGGGACCAAAUCCUUCAGUGGGUUGAACACAGAAGAAGUGUGCCAAUGGUUUACCAGUAUCGGAUUGCAAAAAUGUCUUCCUUUCAUCAGAGAGGCAAAACUCUGUGGGGGAGACAUAGCCUCGGUGGAUGCAAACACUCUUGCCACCCUUCAUAUUGUCACACUGGAGGACAAAGAACAAUUGCUGUCAGCCAUUUAUAAUGAGCUCCACCCUCCUAGCACCAUCUCACAGACCCUCAGCUCUUUAACUGAGAAUUUAGGGCCUCAUAAUGUGGAAGAUUUCAGUACAACGCCGAUCACAAUGACUAAGUCCAAGUCUUCUCCUCAAGUGAGCUGCUUGAACAUGAAUCAGCGUUCACUUAAGCUGAGAAACCACAGCCAAAACCACAUGAUACAGAGGAAUUCCCAAAUGAUAGAGAUAACUAUUAAUGCAUCAGAGAGGAUAGUUCAUCUCCGAACCCCAAAGGAAACAACAGUGGGAAAAAUCAUGGACUCUUGUUUCAAAAUGCUUGGAAUGACUGACAAAAAUGCCCUACUGGCACUGAAAGAAAAGCAAGACUCACCACGGGAGCUCUCACCAGAGCAGCAGAUUGGGACUUUACUGCCAUCAACUUCAGAUAAUAGACAGCUGGAGCUGCACCUGUGUAAAAGGGACAAACCAACUCUUGCUCAAAAUGGUCCUGAAGUCAGCACCCCUUGGGAAAAUGGUAAUAAAAAUGUCCAGGGGGACCAGUCGGCCAAAGAAGAGAGAAUCCGAGAACUAAACCAACAGGUGGACUCGCUACAAAAUGUCAUCUUCCAGGUCCAGGAGCUCCACCAUGACCUAGUAGCAUUUUGCACAGAGUUAAAGAGCAUGGAUACAGAUGUAAACUUGGAAACACUUGGUGCUGCAGAGCUGAAAAAAAGACUGGAGAUGAUAAACAGCCAACUGAACGACAAGAGGCAGAGCCUUCAGACCCUCAGAGACAACAUUAACAACCCAACUGCUCACAAGAAGAAACAGUUGGAGGUUCAUCUCAUGGAAAAAAUGAAAAUAAACUGCCAAGUAUUCAAGAAGGAAAUCUCUAUCGUACAUCUCAACAGACAGGCGACCCAACUUCAAAAUGCUUUGCAAGAAUGCUACAUUAAGGAGAAAGCUCAAACAAAGGCUUCGACGUUUGGUUGCCUGAGCCGGCUGGUGUCACCACAAUCUCCAGCCAUGCUGAUAGCUGUGCAUGAGAACCAGAGUCAUGACGGUCAUUAUGGCUUUACAUGUCUGCACAGAGAAGGCAGUGGGCUGGAAGUGGCUGAAGUUGAAAACUCCAACCUAUGUGUGGAAGACAGACUGGUGGAGGUGAAUGGUGUAUCAGUAGUCAACUCCACACUCAGUGAGCUGACUGACCUCCUACUGCAGGGACCCUGUGCACAAAUUGUUGUCCUUCGUCAGCCUCCACCCAUCCUGACCUCCCCACUGUUCCUGCAAAACUCAGUCAGCCCUGAUCCCGUGCAAACAGUUUCCCCAGAAAGGGGUGUUGUCACCAAGGAAACCCCUCCACAGCGUAAGCUGAUGACCAUCUAAUGAUUGGAGGAAGAGAACUCAAGAGGCAACUAAGAGAAUGUUGACAAGAAAUACUGUGAAAUACUUUUUUUAAUGUUUACCUUCAAAUUCUAAAAUACAUAUUGUUUGUAGUGAUUAAUGAAUAAUGUAUUCUGUGUAAAUGUAUGUGCAAAGCACAUCAACGUGAAGAAAAAAGAAAUGAAAAACUGAAAAAAGAUGUUUGAAAAAGUCCUUAUGUCUUGUGACCCCUCUUGUUUGGUACAGUCCUUUUCAAAUGAGACAAUAUAAGAAUAUGAAACACAGAACCUGACAGUGCUUUGCUCCACUGGAAAAGUGAUUAGAUGUUCUUUUUUUAGCAUCCAGUGGAGUAAGUCCUGAGGGUGCCACAAUGUAAGCUUGAAGAGUUUCCUCUUCAUCUGUUUUAUUUACAAAGAAAAAACUAGACUCUGACAAUUAUUUAAUGUAGCAACAAAUCAAAACGUGCUGUACAUUUUUUCUGCAACCUUUCCAUCCUUCAAGUAGAGAUAAGCUUGAAUGAUGUUCAGAGCUAAAUAUUUCUUUGAAUUAUUCAAGUAUCUUCUCUGUACGAUAAAUACUGUAUAAUGUAAUCCACUUUAUAGUAAAGGAAUAAACCCUUGGACCCGGAAAUGCCUCAUUUAUCAGCCUAGUUCUCCCUUGUUAAGUGGCAGUGGAUC